GGGGAUCCGUUUUAUCCUCACGGACGUGGUGGAAGACGGUAUUGUCGUGAAGGGGACGUGAAGGAAAUCUUAUUUUUUAAGAAAUCAAGUUUAUUGGUUUGGACUAGAAAGUAAAGUGGAAGAAUGCCUCGUGUAUACGUAGGCAGGCUGAGCUAUCAUGUCCGCGAAAAGGACAUCCAGAGGUUCUUCAGCGGUUAUGGAAAGCUGCUGGAGAUUGAUUUGAAAAACGGGUACGGUUUUGUGGAGUUUGAGGAUACCCGUGACGCUGACGAUGCCGUGUACGAACUGAACGGCAAAGAGCUGUGUGGCGAGCGCGUGGUGGUCGAGCACGCCAGGGGGCCCCGUCGGGACCGGGAUGGAUAUGGUGGGGGUCAUUGGGGUUCUGGGCGCAGUAGUAGUGGUUACAGCAGCAGGAGCCGCUCUGGCAGAGACAAAUACGGGCCGCCUGUCCGCACUGAGUACCGGCUCAUUGUGGAGAACUUGUCCAGUCGCUGCAGCUGGCAGGACCUGAAGGACUUCAUGCGGCAGGCCGGUGAGGUGACCUACGCCGACGCCCACAAGGAACGGACAAACGAAGGCGUGAUCGAGUUUCGCUCCUACUCUGAUAUGAAGAGAGCCCUGGACAAGCUGGAUGGCACUGACAUCAACGGGAGGAAAAUCCGUCUGGUGGAGGAUAAACCCAAACGGCGCCGCUCGUACUCGGGCAGCAGGUCCAGGUCCCGCAGCAGACGCCGCUCUCGCAGCAGGAGCCGUAGGAGCAGGAGCUCACGAAGCCGCUCGAGGUCUCGCUCUCGAUCCCGAUCCCGCAGCAAGCGCCGCUCCCACUCCAGGUCCAAGAGAAAGUCCCACUCCAAGUCUCCAGCUAAAUCCCGUUCCAAGAAGUCCCGCUCUCGUUCUCGCUCCCGCAAGUCUCGCAGCCGAUCAACAAGCCGCAAGUCGCGCUCCAAGAGCCAUUCAAAGCCCCGAUCUGAGCGCGGCUCUCGCAGCCGUUCCAAGGAGAAGUCAGUGAGCAAGAAAUCACGCAGCCGCUCCGCCUCACCGAUGGAGAACGGAGACAAGAAAUCCGCCUCGCGUUCUCCUUCUCCGCAUGAGGAUCGCCACCGCUCCAAAUCGCCCUCAAAGCGGUCGCCAUCUCGCUCUCCUUCUCGGUCCAAAUCUCGCUCACGCUCCAGAUCUGCCUCGCAGGACUGAGCCUGAGAGGCUGGGAGACUGAAUGUGUGCCGUUUUGUAGCUCUGAAAGUCAGCACUUGAUACAAAGGUGCAUCACAUUUAGAUCAGAUCGUAUAUGUUUGACAUUGCAUGAGAACUAAAGGGCUGAAUUGUAAAUAUCGAAUGGGUACCAGAUUUGUAAAUGAAUCUUCAGUAGCCGCCGUCGCCGCUCCCCCACCCCCCCUUUUUUAAAAUGGCUAUUAGCUCUGAUUUUUCACACGCAUUGCCUGUACUGCAGCUAUUCCAUCAGCCGUCAUACUGACUGGAAAAACCUUUCUUACACCUGAGUGAUUGACGAAUAAACAAAGGCUUGUGUUGCUUUUUGGCUAAAGUGUAAUAUUUUGAUUUUGAUGACACUCGAGCUGAUUUACUUGCCUGCCUACAUGUUUGAGUAUUGUGAAAUGGUUUAGUCGUAGUGAUUUGUGAUUUGCUACACACACAUUGCUGUACAGAAACUGAUCUUUUUUUUUUUUUUCUUAUUGGUGCUUUUGGCUUUUUUGCUUCAAAUUGUAAGAGUCCCACACUGUGUGUUUUCAGUUUUAAACUGGUGUCUUGGGUGUCUUCUGCAAUAUUUUAGUUAAAUAAACUUGAUUGAUUUUU